GAAAAGAAAAAAGAAUGACGUUCUUGUCUGUGGCCAUGAAUGCAGUGAAAGCUUACUUCAAAAGGAGUUGGAGAAGACGAGACAUGAUGACUUUGGCAAAAAUUCCAGUGCACUAUCACCAAAACUUGAGGAUGGUGUAUCGUACUCACUUCUGGGCCAUGUUGUGCGCUACUGUUGGAUCCUACUUGCACUUGUUCUGGGAAGUGGGAGGGCUGUUCACAGUCCUUUGUUCUGUAGCAAGUUUACUCUGUCUUUGCUUUACAUCACCACAUAGAGUGAGGGUGAGGGUCUCACUCUUGAUGAUCACUGCCUCUUCCUUCGGUGCUUCUGUUGGCCUUUUUACCAAAUAUCUCUUUGGAAUCGAUCAAGUCAUUAUUGCCAGCCUUUUGGGAGGUACAACAAUUGGCAUUGGAAUUUUUUGGUUUGGAGCGAGGAUAACAAGGCAAAGGAGCUUAAUCUACAUGAUGUGCCUGCUUUAUUCUUGUGGUCUAAUGUUCUCUAGCCUUGUUGUUAAUGCUUUUGAUCUUCUUGACAGCUACACAGCUCAUUGGAUGUUAAUGGUAACCGCCGUGCUGGCAUUGUUCAUGGGGUACUUUGUGGUGUAUAGCCAAGAGAUACUGUACGAUGCUCGCUAUGGAUAUAUUGACUUUGUCAAUCGUACACUCACCAUCUUCUUCCGUUUACCAGUUAUAGUGGUUCACGCUGCAAGACUAUACCUGGGUGUAAGAGUUGAGCAACGCCGCAGACACAAAAUUGCUUGGGGAGCAGCAUAA